CAGUCUCUAUGCGGAUCCCGGAAGUGUCCGUGCAGAUAAUACGGUCGGUGGAGAAAGGUUCCGGGGUAGCUUUAGUUCCUAGAGGCUCAUCGCCGAGAGAGCCGCCGCGGGCCGCCGGCUGGGCUGCCACGAUGAUCCCGAUCUCGGUGGUGGUUUGCGUGCUGGGGGGCUGGUGCGCCAUCUACCUGGCGGAUACGCUGCUCAAGUCAUCCAGCUCUUUGAAGGCGUCUUAUGAAGACUGGUUGGUGAACUAUGGCUUGAGUGUCUCUCCCUUUCAUAUGCGAUGGCAAACAGCACUUUUCAACCGGCAGUUCUACAACUGGGGGAGGUGGAAACCCAGAUUUCUGUAUUUAUGGUUCAGCAUGGGAAUGGUGUUUGGUAUAGCUGCUAUGUUUGGCUCUGUGAUUCUUCUUGGAAAGACACUGAUGCAAACACUGACACAGAUGUUGACUGAAGCGCCAACAGCUCAGAAUGAUCGUAUGCUGCAAGUUGUGGUGCCUGGUGUAAAUUUGCCUGUCAGCCAGCUGACCUAUUUCUUCUCUGCAAUCCUCAUCAGUGGUGUGAUACAUGAAGUCGGCCAUGGGGUGGCAGCUAUUCGAGAACAAGUACGAUUUAAUGGAUUUGGGAUUUUUAUCUUCAUUGUCUAUCCUGGUGCAUUUGUUGACCUCUUCACAACCCACUUGCAACUAAUAUCACCAGUCCAGCAGUUAAGAAUAUUUUGUGCAGGAGUGUGGCAUAAUUUUGUUCUUGGCGUUGUGAGUUUCAUGGUUUUAUUUCUGCUGCCAGCCUUUCUUUUCCCUUUCUAUUACACGGGUGUUGGGGCACUUGUCACUGAAGUAACAGAGGAUUCUCCUGCCAGUGGACCAAGAGGUCUUUUUGUGGGAGAUAUUGUCACUAGUCUACAAGACUGCCCAAUUUAUGGUGUAGAGGACUGGAAUUCCUGUCUGGAAGAAUUUUCACAGAAAUCACAGAUUGGCUACUGUAUAAAUGUAGCUACUCUGCAGCAAUUAAGCUUUCCAGCUAGAGUCUAUAGGAGACUCGAUGGCACUGUUGAAUGUUGUAGUAACAAUAGCCUCACAGACAUCUGCUUUUCAUACAACACUAACUUGGACAGCCAUCGGUACGCCUGUCUGCCAGCGCGAAAAGUUAUUGAAGCCAGCAAAGUUUGUCGAACCAAUGCAGACUGCCAGAAGGAUUCUGUUCCAAGCUUUUGUGUGACUCCUUCUUUAGAGAAUCAAACGAGGCUAAUCAGGGUAAAACAUCCGCCCCAUAUGGACAUGCUGUUUGUAGGACACCCCCUGCACCUUCAGUACACAGUAAGUCUCAGCAGUUUCGUACCACGACAUAACUUUCUAAGCAUCGAUCUGCCAGUGGUGAUAGAAACAUUUUGCAAAUACUUAAUUUCACUCUCAGGAGCACUGGCAGUUAUCAAUGCUGUUCCCUGCUUCGCUUUGGAUGGCCAGUGGAUAUUAAAUUCUUUCCUGGAAGCAACUCUUAGCUCCUUGAUUGUAGAAAAACAAAACAGAGAGCUUGUUGGCUUUUUAAUUUUGCUUGCUGGGAGUACACUUUUGGCUGCCAAUGUUGCACUGGGACUUUGGAUGGUUACAGCACGAUAGGACACUGGAUGUUCUUCAGUUCUUGUAUUACACGGACACAAUGAAUCCAAUGCCUUUUAAAACUUGUUCAGUACUCAGACUGAAAUAAUUCCCUUGCAAUGACACUGAAAGAGCAAUCACUAGAGGCUCCUGAUGUAACUUAAACCUGUACAGUGUUGUGUCUGUGGUCUUGGGAAGAGUAAGAGAAAGAAGCUUCUAAUGUACUUUUUAAGCUCUGUAUUAAUUUUAGACAAUUUCCAUUGUAAAACUUCACAGCCUGAUUUGUUGACUUAAAUCUCAGAAUAAGGGAAUUAUUUGGCCUCAGACAUUUGUAAAGUGGAAAGAGAAAGCACAUAGAUCUUAUUUUAUAAUUUGAAUAAUGUCAAAAAAGAAAAAAAGAAAAAAAAAAUGUGGGCUUUGAUCAUUUUUCAGUCAGUGUUAUCUUGAAUGUCUGCUUCGCUUUGUAAUCUGGUGGUCUACCAAAUGGGACUCUCAGAAGCCCUGAAGUCUUCGUCUCAAGAUGGUGUAAAACUAAGUAAAUGAUUGCCGUGUGUUAAUGAGAGAGAGACCAUAUAGGUUAGUAUCUUUCCUUUACAGCUGGCCAAAAUCGACUGGAAGCAUGUUGUCCUCAGGACGUAGAUGGGAAGUGCCAAUGUCUGUUGGACAUAAGGUAUGUGGAAGGAUAACAAAACUCAUAUGUCUGUGUUUCUUAUGCUUUUGGUUGCAUAUUACUCUGCACAGCUGAAGAUUUUGUAAAGGCAAUAUUUGUCAACAAUAGCUAGACAUUAACUGAAAUUUAGUGUUUCAGUGCUAUAGAAUGCUGUGCAACGUUACUGUUAAGUGACAAUAUUUGUGUCCUUUUACUGAGAAAAUAAUGCUGCCUACAGUUAAAAGUGAAA